AAUUUUAGUUCAUCAUGAUAAAAGGGAUACUCUUUUUUCUCUCUCCAUUAUUAUCAUUUGCUUCCAUGAAUUUUCUACUACAUUGAAUUCAACCAAACAAAUUUUAGGGCUUUUUAUUUUGCUCUGUCGCUCUCAGAUCUAUUUCUGCAGAUCGCGGAAUUUCACUUUCUUCAUCUCUAUAAGGACGAUUUGAAUCCAAAUAAUUGCGUUUAUCGAUUCAUAAACGGAGUCGUUUUGUUCACGUUUAAGUACGUAAAUGUGCUGCUUGCUGCUUUGAUUUCGAUUUUUCGCCUCCAGGUGAGUUUCUAUAUCAUAGAUUUGUUAUUCAAUUACGAUCUACAGUUUUUUUGUUGUUGUUGUUGGUGUAGUUGCUAAGUUUUGAUGAUGUGAUUUUUUUUGGUGAAAUGUUGUUGUUUAAGUGUGUAAUAACAGAUCGUAAAAUUGGCGCCGCAACGCAGAUCCCAGCGCCACAUGGGUGGCCAGAUGCAGCAGAGCAACGGGGCGGCUACUGCUCUGUAUGAUCAGCAGGGCAAUGCCAGCCCUGCUGGUGAUGCCGGAGACGCUGUCAUGGCGCGAUGGCUUCAGUCAGCCGGCUUGCAGCAUCUGGCCUCUCCAAUGGCUUCUACUGGUGUCGAUCACCGCCUCCUACUUAUGCAGGGAUAUGGGGCUCAGUCUAUGGAAGAGAAACAGAGGCUUUUCAAACUAAUGAGAAACCUCAACUUUAAUGGUGAGUCUGCAUCCGAUCCAUAUACUCCUACUGCCGAAAGCUCCGGAGGUAUUGGACCAUCUGAUGGUUUUUACUCUCCGGAAUUCAGAGGAGACUUUGGUGCUGGACUUCUGGAUCUGCAUUCUAUGGAUGAUACAGAGCUCUUAUCUGAGCAUGUAAUUUCAGAACCAUUUGAGCAGUCAUCAUUCAUGCCUGCACCGAAUGGAGCAUUUGAUAAUGGCUUUGAUGCCCCGACCCAUCGGCAGCAAAAAGCACAACCAGACACUGAUGCUGUAGCUGGGUUACCCAUAGUUGAAAAGGAAAGCAACACAAGGGAAAACAAUGUGGCAAAAAUUAAAGUAGUGGUGCGCAAAAGACCGUUAAACAAGAAAGAAAUUUCUCGGAAGGAGGAUGACAUUGUCACUGUGUCAGACAAUUCUUCUCUUUCUGUCCAUGAACCCAAAUUAAAGGUGGACUUGACUGCUUACGUGGAAAAGCAUGAGUUCUGUUUUGAUGCUGUUCUAGAUGAGUACAUAACAAAUGAUGAGGUUUAUCGCGCCACUGUGGAGCCAAUAAUUCCUACCAUCUUUCAGCGCACAAAAGCAACAUGUUUUGCUUAUGGCCAGACAGGUAGUGGUAAGACAUACACAAUGCAACCAUUGCCUCUCAGAGCUGCAGAGGAUCUUGUUAGAUUGUUGCAUCAGCCAAUUUAUCGUAAUCAGAGGUUCAAGUUGUGGCUCAGCUUUUUUGAAAUAUAUGGUGGGAAACUGUUCGAUCUUCUCAGUGAAAGAAAGAAACUCUGCAUGAGAGAAGACGGGCGUCAGCAGGUUUGCAUCGUUGGGCUCCAGGAAUUUGAAGUUUCAGAUGUACAGGUUGUGAAAGAGUUUAUUGAGAGAGGAAACGCUUCAAGAAGUACAGGCUCCACUGGUGCAAAUGAGGAAUCAUCAAGAUCUCACGCGAUAUUACAACUUGUCGUCAAGAAACACAAUGAAGUAAAGGACACUAGAAGAAAUAAUGAUGGAAAUGAAUCCAAAGGCGGGAAAGUCAUCGGAAAGAUUUCCUUUAUUGACCUUGCAGGUAGCGAGAGAGGUGCAGACACUACUGAUAAUGACAGACUAACAAGAAUUGAGGGAGCAGAAAUUAACAAGAGCUUGUUAGCUCUUAAAGAGUGUAUUCGUGCUCUUGACAAUGAUCAGCUUCAUAUCCCGUUCCGUGGGAGCAAACUCACUGAAGUGUUGCGUGACUCCUUUGUUGGCAACUCAAAGACAGUUAUGAUUUCCUGCAUUUCUCCUAAUGCUGGAUCAUGUGAGCAUACACUCAACACAUUAAGAUAUGCAGACAGGGUUAAAAGUCUAUCCAAAGGUGGAAACAACAAAAAUCAGAGUGCAAGUGUAACAACUCCAACAUUCAAGGAACCUUCUCUACCGACUACUUUGGCUGCUUCUGCUGAGGCAGAAGAUGCUUAUGAGCAACCUCAAGAAUCUAAAGUAUCAGAAGCAAAUAGAAGAGUUAUGGAGAAAGAAACAACGUCAUACAAUUCCGCUAAUGUUUUUGAUAAACAACCCUCUAGAUUUUCUUCAAAUCAAACGUUCAAUGGUCAGGACGAUGGAGGGACAAAUUUUGGUGGUAUGGAUAGGGACAGGUUUGAGGCAAAGAAUAGCUAUGGUGUCCCAGCUGGUCAAAGAAUGCCGUCUACAUCAAAUUUGCAGAGUUCAACUGAUACAGAAGACAAGGUGCAGAAAGUGUCUCCACCUCGGAGGAAAGUUUCUCGUGAUGAGAAACCUGAAAAGCCAGGAAAAUGGUCAAGAAAAGAUGCCUCGAGCUCUGAGUCAUCCUCUAUGAGUUAUAAACAGCAAAAUGCAAGUAUAAGAAGUGUUGGAUCGGGACAAAAUGAACCUUCUUCGCCCCCUCAUGAUGAUAAUAUCAAUGAAUUACUGCAGGAAGAAGAGGCCCUGAUGGCUGCACACAGGAAAGAAAUUGAAGAUACGAUGGAGAUUGUUCGUGAAGAAAUGAAACUGUUGGCAGAAGUUGAUCAGCCUGGAAGUCUCAUCGACAAUUAUGUAACACAAUUGAGCUAUGUGUUGUCGCGCAAAGCAGCAAGCCUGGUCAGCCUCCAGGCUCGUCUUUCCAGAUUCCAGCAUCGACUAAAAGAGCAGGAAAUACUGAGUAGAAAGAGGGUACCACGCUAGACAGCAUUCGAGCUUUUAAUUGAAGUGACCGUCCUCUCUCUCUCUCCCCGCUCACUUGUACAACUCCGCCUUUUGUAUUAUUCAAAUUGUAGUUUAAUUUCUCUCUUGCCAAUACACAAACCAUUUGGUGAAAUUACAAUGUGCAUAUGAAAACAAAUUGUAUGAAAGGAACUAUAGACGAACGACUCAUGCUAUACAACUAGUGAAGCAACUCACCUUCAUAUACUCCGGGCAAGGUAACAGGGCGUUUCAGAGCUUUUUAAAUUUGUUGUGAUCAGAUUUGGACUUGUCAAAAACGUGGGCAGAAAUCCAUAUCUUUUACUGUGUGUUGUUGAAUUCCAUGUUGUGCCAUAGGUUUCUGGGAGUUAGAUGUUCAAUUGUAACUAAAACUUUUACUAUUUGUUCUCUUGUAACAACAUUAUUGAUUCGAUGAUUUCACUGUGUAUCAAGCAGUUAUGUUUUA